AUGGAUAAUUUGGGAUUUGAGCUCAAUGAAGAAGCACCUCCAAGCAACUUCUCCAAGCCAGAAAAGAUUAAACAAGAAUGUCAUAUGAAAAAGAGCCACUGGUCUCUUCUCCAUGUCUUUCUGGUUUGUCUGUUGGCCUCUGCAGUAACCACAGUGGUGGGGGUGUUGAUUCUGUCUCUGGUUUAUGCUAGCAACCCUGGCUUUAAAAGACAACAGCCUGAAGUGAAUCUAGAAAAUCAUGGAUCAGCUUCCCAGAAAAUUCCAAUAACAUCUGCCUACAAGAGUCAGGUGGACCUCAAGUUCCAGUUUCUCCACCAUCAUAUUAAAUCCAAGGGAACUGCAUGGAUUGGGGUAGUUGAUGCUGAUGGAAAUACAGUAGCUACAUACAACGUCACGGCAGGACAGACGAUUUUCUUCCCUCGAAAUACCUUGCAUUGGGUCAAGAAUAUUGGUGCAGAAGAGUGUUUGUUCUUGCUGUUUUUUACAACCCAUGAGGAGCUUCAAACUCUGGACCUUGAUGAUACAUUUUUCUUGACACCCAAAGACAUUGAGGCAAGAUCUCUAAAGCCUCAAGGUGGUAUGGCUUUCAUCCGGUCAUUCCAAAAGCAAGCAGAAGACCAAGCCAUCAAUCUUCCACCCAACCUAGCAGAACUUGUUCAGAAUGCCAGCUACAACCAGUCUGCAGAUAUGCUUGUAUGGCGGUACUUCUUUGACCUAAAAGGAUCUUCCAAAUUCCAGUUUCCAGGAGGAGUCAUCCAGUGGGCUCGGUACAUAAAGGACGGAAAAGGCUUAAAACCCAACGAAAAAAUUUACAGUGAAUUUCUCCAUUCGAAGGAAGAUGCUCUUACUUUAGCAACACUCCGCAUCUCCAACAAUGCUUUACGUCAGCCUCAUUUCCAUUUCAAUGCCAAUGAAAUGGGCUAUGUCAUCAGUGGCUGCGGAAAGGUAGGUGUUAUUGUUUCAUCUACUCUUUCUACUGACUUUACCAUUGAAGUUGGAGAUGUUGUGUUCUUCCCAGUUGGAACCCAACACUACAUCAAGAACACAUGUGAUGAGGACCUGCUUCUCAUUUUGGCCUUUAGUACCAACAACCAGUUGCAAACUCUAGAUAUGGAUGAUUAUUUCCAUGCAACAGCAGACCAAAUAUUAGCCCAGCUGUUCUUCAAAAAGCAAGCUGAAUUUAAGAAGAUCCCGAGGUUGAAGGAGGAUCAAGCAAUUAAUCUACCAUAG